AUGGCCGAGACCAUAGUACCGGCACCAAACAUAGAAACUCCGCCAUCGCAACUAACGCUUGAGAGCACACCUCAAAACUUGGAGACAGCAGCCUAUGGGCCGUUUAUUACAGACUUUACACGGGAACAUGUGAGCACGAUCAUCGAAAGGGACUUGGAGGAUCAGAAGCAGGAAGACGUUCAUAAACUGCUUACAUACCUGUUGAGCCGAGUCUCUGCGCCGACAAAUCCAACCAGAGAACAGUCAAUAAGCUUAGUUAAACUAACCGACAAGAUCAUGUCAUCUUUUACGGAGACUGAAUGGUCGCAAAUUCGGAUAUUCCGUGAUGAAUAUUUGAGGUCCGAAGAAGAGCAGGAAUCUUACGCUUCAUGGAUAAAACUCACCAACCGCGCCCUAAAUGCAUCAUCCCAAGUCCAUUUAGAUGGUACCACUGGGCCAUCUAAUGUCCAACAUAGGAAGAGCCUAUCUCUCCAAUGGUACGAUCACGAAGGCAUAAUUACGACAAGACCAGUAGACUUCAGCACCGAUCAAGGUCUCGAAAUCUAUCUGUCGUUGCUUUACAUAUUACAACGAUUCGAUACUAUUGACUGGGGUAUUCAUCCAGGGUUUCCACCGCCCCCAUUUCAUCGAAGCCAUGACAGUCACCUCAAUGAUCCCGUUGUCACCAUCGGAAACAAGAGAUUUCGACUUACAUUCAAAACCCGACACAAGCAGUGGGGAAUCAAGGGACGCGCCACGUCUGCAGUCGACUGUGUAGAGCUCGAUGAGCACGGAAUCCCAGGAAGAGAUUGUGUCAUCAAGCUGAGCUUCCCUCAAGAAUUGAGAGUACGAGAGCACAAGUUCAUUGACCGAGCACUCGAGAUCGCAAAAGUCAACCCACAUACUCUCCAUCACAUUCCAGAGUAUGUUGCGUACGAGGAGUAUCCAGAAACCUCAACAGGGCACAUUCGGCGUGCAUUGGGUAUCGAAACGACCAAUCACAGGCAGAUGUAUGCAAUCGUACUCAUCCAGCUCAAGGCCCCCAUCUACAAACUGUCUGGAGUAGACUACUGGCGAGCAUGGUGGGACUGUUUCCAAUGUCACCGGGUUCUGUGGACCAACGUGGUUGGGGUUCUUUCGGAUUGUGAUCUCGCUUCGCUCGAGGGCGGUAUGGGUAAAAACACUGAACGGACAGGCACUCUACCAUUUAUGGCACUGGAUCUGCUUACGGAAAAAGGCCUCAAAGGACAUAUUCGACACACGUACGAACACGACGCCGAGGCAUUCUUUUGGGUGGCCGUCGUCGAUGAUACAAUUUACCCACAGACCGAAGAGCUGCAACAUGAACCCAACUACCAAAAAAUCUUGUCUUGGUUAACCAGAAGCUUGUCGCCAAUUUCACUAGCAGAAUCUAAAAGCCAUUGGCUUAUGAACCCGGACACGCAUUGUGUAACAGAGAAGCAAAAGAUUGGCUGGGACGGCGGCUUCUCGAAACUACCCCGUAUCUGGUUCAUACAACAAAGCAGUCAAAAGUACCAGACGGGUCCAUCCCUCAGUGCAACCGAACUAUACAAAGAGUACCUCCGUAUUCGAGACGAGCAUGAAAGAGUCCAUCCAGAGUUGAAGAGAAAUGGUCCUAUUUCCGAUUAG